AUAAACAUAUGAUUGCAUGUAUUGAUUGGUUGAAAACAUUAGAUAUAAGUGUUGUUGAUAUGAAUGAAGACAAACUCGUAUCAAACAUAUCAAGCAAUUGUGAUGAUGAACAUCACUGUUGGAUAUGUUUGAGUAAUCAACUUGAAGACCAAGAUUCAAAUGAAUGGGUGCGUCCGUGUCGUUGUCGAGAAACAGCUCAAUGGGUUCAUCAACAAUGUCUUCAACAAUGGAUCGAUGAGAAGCAACGCCUUAACAGUUCAGCUAAAGUGAUGUGUUGUCAAUGCAAUUGUGAAUAUAUUAUAGUCUUCCCGACAACUGGCCGAUUCUUACAUACAAUUGAAUGGUGCGAUCGCCUAAUAUAUACGGGGUCACCAUUUCUUACUGUCACAUGUAUUAUGGGUUCAAUAUAUUGGACUGCCGUUAGUUACGGUGCUAUUACUGUUAUGCAAGUUAUAGGGCAAGAAGAGGGAAAAUCACUGAUGGAAUCAUCGGAUCCAUUGAUGCUUUUAGUAGGAUUGCCAUCGAUUCCAGUUAUGCUAAUAUUAUCGAAAUUUAUUCGAUGGGAGAAUCAAGUACUGAAACUCUGGCGCAAAAAUCACCACAAAAUUCCUUUUUUAGAUAAUUUGAUCGGAAAUCCACCAAAAAAGUCACGCGAAAGUGCCGAACGAAAUCUUUAUUCAGGCAAUAAUAUUUCGGAUCCAAUAGCUAUUUGCCGUUUAUUUUGUGGGGCACUCCUAUUGCCUACCUGUGCCUCUUUAGUAGGCCGGUAUUUAUUUGAUAGACUUGCUUCUAAUUUACACAAAACUAUUUUGGGAGGCAUUGUUUUUACUUUGACUAAAGGUUGGCUCAAAAUACUAUUAAGACAACAACAGUUCAUCAAACAAACCAAUAGAAGAGUUCUUAAUUAUAAAGAAGAUAAGACACAACAAACAACUCUUAUACAUCAAUGAAAGGCUCGGGAAGUUGAUAAAGAGCCAUACCAUUCCU